GGGCUUCUUGCCGUUGUCGUGGUAACCGUGCAGACCACCCGGGCUCCUCCAGCCUAAUGCCUUCAGCUCAGCGAGUCCCCGGAUGAAGAAGAAGCGGAGCAAGGGGGAAUGCCUUUCUAUGACAAUGUUUACUACCCUCUUGAGCCUGAGCAGGCACAAAUUUCACCUGAUGGCCUAAGUACUCCUUGGAUGCCACGUCCUUCAACACCACCCAGAAUGCCCUCCUACCACCAUGACUCCCGAUUUAAAUUCAGAACCCGCCAUGAGAGUGUCGACUGGAGAAGGAUUGGGGCCAUUGAUGUGGACAGGUUGGCAAAUGAAUUAGACUUUGUAACCCUUCAGGAAAACAUCAUGGGCAUCACUUUCUGUAACGUAGAGAAUGAAAAGUGCCCGCAUUGUCACAGCAGCCUGGACCCUGUACUGCUAAAGCUGUUCAGACUCUCUCAGUACACUAUUGAGUACCUGCUCCAUACUCAGGAGUACCUGACCACUAAUCUACAGACAUUAGAAGGGAAGGUCCGCGCCACCCUGGCUGAGACAGAGCACAUACAAGCCAAAAUGGCCAAACAGGCUCAGGAGGUCAAGACACUUAAAGAGGAAUGCAAGCGGAGGAAGAAGAUCAUUUCUACCCAGCAGAUGUUGAUCAGUGCCAGUGCUGAGCCCUACCACAAGUGCCAACAUUGUGAGAAGACGUUCAUGAAUCAUUCCUAUUUGCAAAGCCACAUGACAAGGAGACAUCCAGAAGGAAAGCAAAUGAUCCAGUCCAGUAAUAACCUGCAGUAUGAGGUAAAGUGUCUAAAGGAGGAAUUACGGCUUACUAAAAGUCAGCUGGAGGCAGAGCAAGCCGCUCACUUAGAGAAGCUGUCACAGAUACAGGAAAAUGAACAUAAGAAAACUAUUGAACAGGGUCUUCUGAAAAAGUUUGAUGAUUGGAAAAACGAUGAAAGAGAGAAAUUUGAUGAUGAAUUGAACAAAGUAAGGGAGAUGUUUAUGAAAGAACUUAAAGAAGUGACCUCUAAGAACACCUCUUUAGAAAAUGAACUUCACAAAAUUAAAAACGACAGCCUUCACAGGAGGUCUGGCCUUGGCAUUCUGCAGGAGAGCCCACAGAGUGAUGCAGAAGAAGGUAAAUCCAAGUGUCCACACGACAUCCAGAGUGUGAAGGAGCUCCUUGACAUGCAGGAAGAUAAGUGGGGGAAGCGCAUACAUCUACUUCAUGAAGAGCACGACAAGGAGAAGAAGCAGCUCCUGUCAAAAAUUGAGAAGCUAAGACUAUCCUUGAAUGACGAUCAGAAGACGGCUAAUGAUUUCUACAAGAAACGAUUGGAUGACCUCGGGCAAAGGCUUCAGGGGCAAAAUGAAUUAAUUAAAUGCCAAAAAGAGCAGAUUAAAGAACUCUCCAGUAAACCGCCAGUGGUCAGAAAACAUUCAGCUCCAGCGCCUGUCCCAAUAUUACAGAACAUGGAACCGAAACUCAGCGCAGCGGUGACAAGAGAUUUGGACAGUAAAGAAGUUCGAAGCAGCAGCAAACAGCAGUUGAUAAAUGCCCUGAAGAAGAACCCGUCAUUAACCAGGGAGCUACGGAAAGUCCUGGAGCAGGGGGUGGUGGAGAAGUUGGAGUCCUUGGGAGUUAAACCGGGUGUGCGAGGGAUCACAAGUGAUCAUUUCAAUAGAGUUUUGGACACAGUGGAAACUUUCAGGGAAGAAAAGGAGACAUUAAUACCAGAAUUUCCACAGAUCCGGCAAAAUCUUAUAAAGCACGUAAACCAAAAGGUGGAAGAACGGGCAUCGGCAUCAUCUUUAAAGCUUAACUCCAGCGCUCAGUUCUUUACUGAAGUUUUUUCCACAUUUAAGUCAUCUACUUUGGGAAGCACAUCCUCUGCUUCACUGCCUAGACAGACGAGGUCUCGACCAUCAAUACUGAAAUCUUCCCAAGAAGAACUACGUGCUGAAACAAGAUACCCCAUCCCAGUGAUUAGUUCCACCCCAAAGAAUAAGCUGGUGUCCUCAAAAGAUGCUCAUGUGAAAAAGCCAAGUAUUACGACGCCUCCAUUUAGCUCUGAUGAUGAGUCAGACUUUCAGGAUGAGUCUGUGCGGCAUCACAUGCGUCAGGAUUCGAGAGCUAAAGCUUUACUUAAUGGAAAAGAUAGUGCUGGUUUUGCUACAACUGAAAGUGAGUCAGAAGGGAGUGUGCUGGAGGAGAUAAAGCCACAGCCGGCCUAUAGGCCAGCACCAGCCAAACCAGCCCGAGCUACACUGGUAAAAGAACUUUCGAACCAGCUGGAACUGGAGCGGUCUACACGUACAGCUGAUCUGAAAUCGGUUGGUGGGGUGGAUGUUGCUGAUGCCUUCGUGAAAAAGGACCCAGUUAUGGAGUUAAAGGUUACCGACCUCGAUGACACUGAAUUUGAUAGCACUUCUUUAGAGGAUGAACCUUUUGAAGUGCCAAGAUCUGUGAAACCCAGACGAGCUACUGCGCCAAAAAAAGAGUUUCCUGCAACUUCUGUUAAAAAUGCUUUUAGUGCUUCCAAGUCAACAAAAGGAGAUGCUCGUGACGCUGACACCUCCAGCACACUAGUGAGCAGUUUAGUUACUGUCAGUGAUUUCAGUGACACAUCCGAUGCCUGACCCUUUGGCCACAAUGAGAUACAAUAUACAAGUGCCUUAAGGAUUCGUAACGCCAGUGUUGACAGUCUUAAAGUGUUUCCAACUAUGUCCUUUGUACGUUUCAUGUCUUUGUCUUACCAGAGGUGUGUCCUCCGCGGCCACAGAUGUAGUAUUAUAUUUGCUUAUGUAUUUUCUUAUCUUUGUACGGUACAAUGAAUUCAUACUGAAGCACUUACUUCCGCUGCCUCCAUCACUUUGCAUUACUUUUAUAUAAUGAACCAUUGCACACUAGAAUUUUACAUAACUGAUCAAGCAUUUGGCCACUUGCAGUAUGAUUUCUAGUUUUCCGGAAAAAUAUUUCAGAACAUCCUUUUUAUCUAGAUUUCCAGUUUUUCUUUACACGCCAGUGAAAUGUAUGUCCUCCAGUGCAGCAAAACUGCCAUGCAGUAUAUCAUUUGCACAAAAGCAUGGCAAUCUAUGUCUCCUCUUUUCUACGGUACAGAAUGUUUGUAAAGCCAGAGAUUUUUAUGUGAUUAUUUUAUUAUUUUUUUAUAAUACCACAUUUAUUCCUUGGUCAAAAAAGAGGUACUGUAUUUCCAUUCCUUUUUGUACUGCAUCUUUAGCAGAAAAACAGUAUUAAAAUCUGGUCUUGAACUGAA